CCUACAGUGACUCGACCGCGCGCCUCGCUGGAGCGUUAGAGCCCGCGGUAGCUCCCACCCUUCUUGUCCCCUUCUGACACUGGACCUGAGGGCGCGUGGACCAGGGGAGUCCCAAAGAUUAGGCGGCGGAAGUGGAGCAGGUCUGCGGGUUCAAGUGUCGCGGCGGUGCACUGGUGGCAAGAAUCGGGAGGAGGAACAGACAGCAAGGAUAGGCCCAGGAGCAAUGGCGUCCAAACAGGAGCAAGCUGUAAAAAAUCUCAACGUGGAAAAUGCUCAACAGGAAAACAUAGAGUAUCAGGCCCCUAUGCACAACGGGGAGGAACCACGCCAUUUGGCUGGGGGCAAAGCCCAGAAGCCUGGAGGAAAUGUCAGACUGGGGUGGGUUAGGCGACUUGUGCCUAAUUUUCUAUGGGCUAUAUCGAACAAGCAAGUUGAUCGCAAUGAAGUGGGAGAUAAUAUAGAAAAAAUCGCAAUGCAGCGGAUGGAAAUCAGGAGAAAGACUAGGGAGCAGCAAAUAAGACAUGAUAGACGUUUCCAAACUCCUGAACCUGAUAAUCAUUAUGACUUUUGCCUCAUACCUUGAAUCCUAGGGUUUUCCCUAAGGUUAGUCGUGUGACCUCUGCUCUAAAAACUAGUAGUUUGUGAUUUACUUUUCUUUAAACUUUUUGGUAUUUCUCCUUACUAAUUUCUAAUCAAAUAUUAUUUUGUCGCUGUAAAACUGCCAAGCAGGGUAAUUUUGCCCAGUUUUCAGAGAAAAUAUUCUUUUCAUGAUGUGAAGUUAAUAAAGCAGUUUAAAAAUCAA